GCGCGCCCGCCGGGGGCGCAUCACUCUUAAGGGUGGAAUCGGUAAAAACACUGUCUUACAACAACAACUCGAAACUACUCUAACUAAACAAACUGGAGAUUAUUACAAAAGUGUUUUUUUUUUCAAAUAAAUAAUCUGGAACCCCGUAAGAGUGAUGGCCCCCGGUGUGACAGAUUCCUUACAGCUGUAUAUAUUUAAAUAAUAAAAACAUAUCUAAUAUUACAUUUCAAUCUAAUGUUUACGUAUUGAAUUAGAGUAAAUUGUAUAUAAUACAACAACCACUCUAAAGAAUAUCAAUACAAAACAUAUCAAAACUAAUUUUAACAUAUCUUUAAAAUUCAUAUUUCAAAUAGUUAAAAUCUAAAUUAAUUAGAAUAGGUAACUUUAGUAAAGUAUAACAAUGUGUAGCUUAACUGUAGAUUGUGUAAACUAAGGUGUUCUGGAGGAUAAUAUUUGCAGCACCGACUGUGAUUCGUCGGAGUUCAGCUACGUCGGUACACGUAGCGGCCAAUAGCGGUCGGGGCUACGCGCAGCCGUAGCGCUACAGCAUAGAGGCGCGCGGGGAGCUACACGAUCGACAGACGCUACGACGGAGCUGCUACGCCAGGGAACUGAAAAAUGUGUUAGUGCAGAGUGUCAUUUGAUGUGGGACGUGCGACCGGCGUCAUGCAGGGGCUCAAUGCCGCGAAGGAGAAGGCCUCGGGGCUCUUCGCCAACAAACCCCUUCUGUUCAAAAAUACUCAAUAUGAGAACUUCCACGUUGAUCAGAAGGGUUACGACCAGAUGUACGAUGGCGAAGACUUGGAAACACCACCAUCACCUGACCGACCCCCACCACGACCAAUAGAUAAGUACGUGCGCGCAGAAUGCCCGUGCCUGAGCGCGCGCUACACCGUGGCGCUGCUGGCCUGCUUCGGCUUCAGCAUCAUGUUCGGCAUGCGAUGCAACAUGAGCAUGGCCAAGCUCAAGAUGACCGAGAAACAAUCUCAAAACUCAACAGACAAAGCUCCAUUUGAAUGGACUGUCAGCGUGGAGUCGUCAAUAGACUCAUCAUACUUCGCCGGGUACCUCAUCACCCAAGUCCCGGGCGGUUUCCUGGCCUCCAUGUACCCAGCCAACAAGAUCUUUGGCGUGGCUAUUGCGAUGUCAGCUAUAUUCAACAUGGCGAUACCCGGAGCUAUGUCUGUGGGGCCGGCUGCUGUUGUCAUCUUGAAAGUUGCGCAGGGAUUUGUUGAGGGUGUGACGUACCCCUCGUGCCACGGUAUCUGGCGCAUGUGGGCACCUCCCCUGGAGCGCUCGCGGCUGGCAACACUAGCAUUCUGCGGCACGUACGCUGGCAUCGUCGUUGGCAUGCCACUGUCCGGUUUGCUCACGGAUUACAUCAGUUGGCAGGCGCCAUUCUACUUCUACGGAGUGUCUGGCGUCAUCUGGUACGUAUUGUGGCUCUGGUUGGUGUUUGAGAGGCCCAGCAAGCACCCCACUAUCGCCUCCAAGGAAUUGACAUACAUUGAGCAAUCCCUCGGCACAGCUACUCAGGCUGCCAUGCCUGGAUUCUGGGCGACGCCCUGGAAAGCGUUCGCUACUUCACCACCAGUGUACGCUAUCAUCGUAGCGAAUUUCUGCAGAACAUGGAACUUCUGUCUACUAGUCAUAUUCCAGUCGUCCUACUUUAACACAAGAUUCAACAUGCAAAUCACAGAGUCUGGGUUUGUUGGCGCCAUUCCACAUUUAAUAAUGACGUCACUGGUGCCUAUUGGCGGCAUGAUGGCAGAUUACUUGCGUAAAAACAACAUCAUGACUACUACGACUGUGAGGAAACUGUUCAAUUGCGGAGGAUUCGGACUGGAGGCGUUCUUCUUUGUACUUGUCGCUUAUGCUAAUAACAAGUACGUGGCGACAAUAGAGCUGACGCUAGGCGUGGCGUGCAGCGGCUUCGCCAUCUCGGGGUACAACGUGAACCACCUGGACAUCGCGCCGCGGUAUGCCUCCAUCCUCAUGGGGCUGUCUAACGGCAUCGGCACCAUCGCUGGCUUCGUAGUACCCAUCGUUAUUGACUAUAUGACGCAGGAGAAGAAUCAACUGGAGAAAGCCAUAACGGAGUGGCGCGCUGUGUUCCUGAUGGGGGCCACAGUGCACUUUGUGGGCAUCACCAUAUACGCGAUCUUCGCGUCAGGAGAGCUGCAGCCAUGGGCCGAGACUGCGGUCGAAGAGCCGCAUGUCAUGAAAUCUUUAGACCAUGAAACUACUUUUACGGAGAAGCCAUCAGCGCCACUAAAGGGCAGUGAGCAGGCCGGGUACGGCGCCAUAGCGCCCCCGCGGCCGCCGGCGCCCGGGGCUCACGUGCCCAACAAUCCCUUCGUGUCGGGCGCGCUGUACCAGGCCGAGCCCGUGCAGCCGCCAGCACACGACUACUACGAGGGACCCGACGCGCAACAACACUAUGACUAGACACGUCACUGUGACGUCACGACUUGUUUCCUGCGUUUACAUUACGACAUUACGUCCCUUAGCGCCAACUUCAGUCUUCCGGCUUAGAGGUAGAUAGAUCAUCAAUCUACUGUUUGCGAAUCAACCUAAGCAUAUGGAGAGUUAGCAACAUUUUUCAGUUCAUAAAAUAAUGUCGAAGACUGUAUGAAACAAAAGCUCUCGAAGUUUUGUCGUAAUGUAAAUGCCAGUUGAAAUAGACGUGAGAAAUCUUGUCAACAUUAUCUCUAUCUUUAAAGGUAAUAGAUGAAUAUUAAAACUUUUACAAAUAACUCUGACACCAGUUCCCGGAACAGCGGUUCGCCGUGUGGCUCAUAUUUUUAUAGGAAAAGUAUAUUGUUCUCAUCGUUAGCUUGUAUGUUAAAUCGUUUAGCGUUUAGGCGUAAAUUUAUUUAUUUAUCAAAAACUAAUUUCUCGUCGUUUCUGUUACUCAUAACAUUAAGAUUACCAAAUCUGAGCUUUAUACUUACAUGUCACGCUUGAGUUAAUCUAAUCAGCAUCAACUUACGUACCUGUUUUAUUAACAUUUGUACAUGUACAGGUGUAUAUAAAUUAUAUUGGCAUAUCACAGUAGAACAUAUUUAAAUUGGUCCCUGGAUGGUUUAGCUUAGUAAUCAAAUUUAUAGAUGGUUUUGCGUCAUAAUAUCGUACUUAAUAAAAUUAAUGGUUACUAUAACAUUUCUAGUCCUUGUUACUAAGUUUCAUAAAACUGUUGUAAAAUGUUUAUAAAUAUUUACGAAAUAAUUGAAUUGUUCAAAUUUAGAAUUGUAUUUAAUUGGAUGCGUAAAUGUAUAUGUAUCAUAGGAGUAGACAUUGAAAUAAAAUGUUAUUACUAUAAAGGGAAGUAAUGUAAUCAUUCUUGUUGAUAUAUUUAUUGUUGUUUUUUAUGUUUUUUUUUUGCAUUAUUUGUGUUGAAUUUGCAAAGUAGAUGUUGAAAUAUUGUUGUAUAAUUUUACUAUUAUAUUUUAGUCACGUGUAAAUAUUAAAUAGUGAUAAAAUAGAAUGGAAAACAUUUUGAUUAAGAUUUAAUUUGUGAUUGUAAUGGAUAUAUGAGUGUUUGGCUGGUUGUAAAGAACACAUUUCUCUUCCUUUAGCAGCUCUUUCUACACUUUGAUAAUUUGAACUUCUUGUAAUAUUCUGCUUAGUCUUGAAAAUGAGUUUCUACGUGAAAAUAAUGGAAGCUACUUUAAAUGACUAUAUUCAAUAUUUAAAUAAAAAAAUAACAAUUACUGUUUGCGUAAUUAUUUGGCUUAUAAAUCGAAAUUAAAUAAAAAAGAUAUAAAAAAACAAAAACAAAAUUUCGGUGUAGUAAUUAUCAGAAAGAUUUCUUUUAAAAGUUUUUGGCAAUGAAAUAAGUAUAGUUCAUAAGGAUGUACCCACAUAAUAAUAAUGUGAUAAUAUAGUAGAUUGGAUAUUAUUACUUGCAUCAUAGUAGCAGAGCAUGCAGCUACCCCUAAUAAAUUAAUUUAUUGAGUAGGAUAACUUCUUACACCUAUACCAACAUUAUUUUUAUUGCACUUUACGACGUAGUAUGCACCGACUUGUAGAUAGCUAGUGCUAAAUAUAUUAAUCUUAAAGAAAAAGUUCAAAUACUAAAAUGUACAUAAUUAAAAAUACCUUAAUAUUUGCACACUAAUACUCCAUUGCUUCGUAG